AUGGGUGGGGUUGGCAAAACAACCCUUGCUCGAAUGCUUUACAAUGACGAUAAGGUGAAAGGGCAUUUUACACUUAAAGCUUGGGCUUGUGUGUCAGACUACGAUGAUUAUAUUAAAAUUACUAAAACUCUCCUUGAGGCAGUCACUUCAAAGCCCUGUAACACGGCAAAUCUGAAUUUGCUUCAAGAAGAUCUAAGAGAGCAACUGAGGGGAAGGAAAUUUUUAUUUGUGUUGGAUGACCUAUGGAAUGACAAUAAUGAGGAUUUGAACUACCUUAGAGCUCUUUUUAUUACUUUAGGAACAAGGGGAAGUAAAGUCAUUGUAACAACACGGAACAAAAAUGCAGUAUCUGUCAUGCAAAAUGUUCAUAUUCAAUACUUAGAACCAUUGUCACAGGAGGACUGCUGGUUAUUACUUGCAAAACAUGCAUUUGGAAAUGAAAAGUGUAGUGCACAUUCAAACUUGGAAGACAUUGGAAAGCAAAUUGCACUCAAGUGCAAAGGGUUGCCUUUAGCUGCACAAACACUUGGGGGUUUGUUACAUUGCAAUAUAGAUUUCGAGUACUGGAAUAGAAUACUAAAUGACGGUUUUUGGGACCAACCAUAUGAUACAACUAACAUUCUUCCGGCUCUAGGGUUGAGUUACCAUUAUCUUCCUACUCAGUUGAAACGAUGCUUUACUUAUUGUUCAAUUUUUCCAAAGGAUUAUGAGAUUGAAAAGGAAGAUAUAGUUCAAUUCUGGAUUGCAGAAGGUAUAAUUCCAAAAGCUGAGAAUGGAAAAAGGAUGGAAGCAUUGGCUAGAAGAUACUUUGAUGAGCUGUUAUCACGAUCGUUGUUUCAAAAGUCAGGGAAAUUCAACUUCAUUAUGCAUGAUCUCAUUAAUGACUUGGCUAUGUUCAUGUCUCAGGGGUUUUGCCUUAGGCUCGAAGAUGGGGUAUCCCAUGAAGUUAAAAGAGCUCGUCAUUUGUCAUAUGCUAGGGGAAAAUUUGAUGCUGCUCCAAGAUUUGAACCAUUAUAUGAGGCUAAAUGUUUGCGGACCUUCCUACCUACCUCUUUAAAUCCAUAUAUAUAUUGGGAAAAAAAAUUUGUAAGUAAAAAAGUUCUACAAGAUUUGUUGCCAUCAUUAAGAUGUUUACGAGUGUUAUCAUUAUCACAUUAUCAAAAUGUCACUGAGUUACCCGAUUCUUUUGCAAACCUCAUUCACUUGCGCUACUUGGAUCUUUCCCAUACCGCAAUUGAAAGGUUACCUGGGGUACUUUGCAAUCUCUACAACUUGCAAACAUUACUAUUGUCAAAUUGUUCUUCACUCCUUGAAUUGCCUGCAGACAUUAGAAAAUUGAUUAAUUUACAGAUAUUGACAUUGGGAGGUUGUAGUUCUCUUAAUAAAUUGCCUGCAUGCAUGAAGGAGUUGACUAAUUUGCAUCAUCUUGAUGUCAGUGGAACUAAAAUUGAAGAGAUGCCAGUGCAAAUGGGUAGACUGAAAAGUUUGAGAACAUUGACUGCAUUUGUUGUGGGCAAAUCUACUAGGUCAGGCAUAAGAGAAUUGAGGGAGUUCCCGCACCUUCGAGGAAAACUUUCAAUUUUAAAGCUACAAAAUGUAGUUGAUGCGAGGGAUGCACUGCACGCCAAUAUGAAGCACAAGAAAGAUCUCAAGGAGUUAGAGUUUUCAUGGGGUGCAGAGGAUGCUGAUGAUUCCCAAAAGGAGAAAGAUGUACUCGACAAGCUCCAGCCUUGUGUGAAUUUGGAGAAAUUAACCAUCAGAUUCUAUGGUGGAACCAAUUUUCCGAAUUGGUUAGGAGACUCGUCUUUUUCUAACAUACAAGUCAUGCAUCUCAGUGACUGUAGUUAUUGUUGGUCACUCCCACCAGUUGGGCGGCUACCGGCACUCAAAGAGCUCUGUAUAGAAAGAAUGAAGUUUGUGAAGAUGAUUGGCAUUGAAUUCUAUGGCAGAAAUGGAGCUAAUCUGACUCAGCCAUUUCAAUCUCUGGAGAAGCUAGAGUUUAGGGAGAUGCCAGAGUGGGAGGAAUGGGUUCCAAGUGGAAGUGCAAGUGGAGGUGAAUAUGGUCUAGAUUUUCCUUGUCUACAAGAGCUGAUUCUAAACAAGUGUCCGAAGCUGAGAGGAAGUUUGCCUUGUGAGCUGCCUUGGUUGAAGAAGCUUACGGUGUCUGGGUGUGAGGUUUUACAUGAUGGAAGGGCCACUACCACAACUACCAAUAGUCUUAACUAUAAAUCUCUUGAAGAAUUGAAAAUAAGUGGUGGAUGCCAAACCCUGUUAUCAUUAUUAGAGACAAAGCUCCUGUCCCAACUUGCGAUUCGAAAUGUUGUUGACGAGAUUAGAAUUCCUACCUCUUGA